AUGAGUAAUACAAAUAAACAACAAACUACUGCUGCUGCUGCUGCUGCCACAUCACCAUCAUCUCCUCCUCCACAAUCUGCAGCUGCUCAAAAAGAAACAAACAAGAUGGUCGAUUAUCUAUCUAUUCAAUCAUUAUAUCUUGAAGUAAGUCAUGAUCCAUGGUCAUUGUUUACUCCUGUAACAUCUGUAGAGGUUGAUGAAAUUCAACAAACCAUUGAAGACAAGUUAUUAAAACAAUUAAAUAGACAAGUUAGUAGAUCAAACAAAUUUAAUUUAUUUGAUGUUGCACCAUUUCUAAGUGAUGGCGUUGAAGUAUUGGUAGAUGAUGAAUUUACAAAAUGUUUUACAUCACCAGAGAUCAAUCCAUGGAAUUGGAAUAUUUAUUUGUACCCUGCAUGGUUAUUUGGUGCAUUUGUUAGAUACUGUCUUUUAUUCCCACUUAGAUUAACUUGUUUAGUGUUUGGUGCAUUCUUGUUUGCACUCUUUUUCGUUUCAGUCUCUACUUUUAUCAAAAAUGAUAAACAAAAGAAACACUAUCAAAGAAAAUGUUUAAGAUUUUUAUGUAUAGUAUUUAUUAUGUCAUGGUCAGGCGUAAUUAAAUAUCAUGGAGUUAGACCACUUAGAAAAAAGAAUCAAAUUUUUGUAGCCAAUCACACCACUGUUAUGGAUGUAGUAGUACUCCAAAACCAAUUCAACUAUGCAUCUGUAGGACAAAAACAUAAAGGACUGUUGGGUUUUAUUCAAGAUUAUUUAUUGUCUUGUAUUGGGUGUCUAUGGUUUGAUAGAGCUGAAGCCAAAGAUAGAAUGGCUAUUGCAAAACUUAUUUCAAAACAUAUUGAAGAUGAAAACAAGGAUCCAUUAUUAAUUUUCCCUGAAGGUGUUUGUGUAAAUAAUAAUUAUUGUGUCAUGUUUAAAAAGGGUGCUUUUGAUUUACCAAAUGCAAUUGUUUAUCCUAUCGCUAUUAAAUACAAUACAUUAUUUGUUGAUGCAUUUUGGAAUUCAAAGAAACAAUCAUUUGUAAGACAUAUGUUUAACUUGAUGACAAGUUGGGCAUUGGUGUGUGAUGUUUGGUAUUUGGAGCCACAAACCAAGAGACCAGGAGAAUCAUCAACUCAAUUUGCCAACAGAGUAAAAUCAAUGAUUGCCAAGAGAGCAGGCAUCAUUAAUGUACCAUGGGAUGGAUAUCUCAAGUACUUUAAACCAAGUUCUAGAUUUGCUGAAGCCAAACAAAAGAUUUUUGCAUCUCACUUUAUCAAGAGAUUCAACAGUGGCAUGGACGACAACAAUAGCAACAAUGGUGAACUCGACGAUAUCGAUAGUUGUUCCACCUCCUCAUCGCCACCACCUCCACUAGACUCUACCAAUUUCCCAACCUCACCAAACUCUUCAUCAACCAUCAAACAAAGAAAACCAACCACCUCUGCUAGUAAUAAUGGUGCUGACAAUGAAGAAGGUGGUGAUGAAUCAUCAACAAAAAACUAA